GCAGUUAGUAAAUUUUGUGGGUGUUUUAAUCAAAUUGAAGCAAGAAAUCAAAGUGGCGUGACAGAGAAUGACAAGAUUAUGGAAGCGAUGCAAAUGUUUCAAAGCAUGCAAGGAGCAAGUUUUCAAUUUUUACAUUGUUGGAAUGAGUUAAGGUUCCAUCCAAAGUGGCUUGGCCAAUUUUCAAUGAAAAAAUCUAAGAGGUCAAAAAAUUCAAGUCCUGCUACAUCUUCUCCUGCAACUCCAGAUUCAAUAAAUUGUAGGGAAGACGAAUGUCCUACUGAGGGUUCGUCAAGGCCCAUAGGAAGAAAGGCUGCAAAAGAAAGGUUGAAACAAGGUAAAGACAAGCAUGUGGCUUCUGAAAUUACACCAGUGAUGUUGUUUAUUGAUGAAAUGAAGCAGGAUCGGAAAGAAAAAGAAAUAAAGAGAGCAGAAUUAUUUGGUCAAAUUUAUGUUCAGGAGCAAGAGCGCAUAAAGAUAGAGCAAGCUAGACUACAGGUCGCUCAAGAAGCUCAAAAUAUCAAAAAGGAAAAAAUGCGAUUGAAAGCUAUGAAACAAGAUGAGAGGAUUAUGGCAAUUAACACUGAUGGCAUGCCUCCAUUGCAAGUAGAGUAUUACAAUAAGUUGAAGAUGGAAAUUCUUGAAAGGCAAUUUGGUGGUGGUAGUUCAAAUUAGAAGGAAGAUGGUGUAUCGUACUUGAAGAUGAU